AUGGCUGAAAACAGAGAGGCGGAACAUGUUUCCACCUCAGAAUCGGAGCAAAGCGACUUCAUAGAGCCGGAGAUAAGGCGCAAAGACACCGAAGAGCCUUUUAUCAAUGUAGAUUAUGAAGCACUUGAAGAGUACGACAGCCAACCAAGCGGGGUUAUCCACGAACUCGUUCGACAAUGUUCACAUGACGACGGAAAAAAUCUGUCAUCAAACGAUGAGAUCUCUGGAGGUGAAGAGGCUCGGUCCGAGAGUGAGCAGGCGAGCAGUGAUAUGGAAAAGGUGUCACUCAAACCUCAAGAACUGCCUGAAGAAGAACUGGAUGAGACACAGACAGCAGAAUGGAGAGAGAGAAAAAAGCACAUCUUUAUUUUAAGUGAAUCUGGCAAACCAGUAUACUCAAGAUAUGGCAAUGAAGAUAAACUUGUCACCAUCAUGGGACUUUUGCAGGCAUUAGUCUCAUUUGUGCAUGAUUCAAACAAAGACAAUAUCCGAUGCAUUGUGGCCGGUGACCAUAAAUUUGUUUUUCUUGUUCGGGAUCAUCUUCUUUUAGUCGGCGUGUGUUGCAGCCAAGACUCACCGCAUCAAAUUCUACACCAGCUUUCAUAUCUAUACAACCAGAUUCUUAGCGUAUUGACUCAUACAACCUUAAAUAAAAUAUUUAAACAGAGACGUAAUUAUGAUCUCCGGAGAUUGUUGAGUGGGGCAGAGAAAUUCUUGGACAAUUUGUUGCACAUGAUUGACACAGAUGCCAGUUUUUUACUGGGAGCGGUGAGAUGUUUACCCCUGGACAGCCAGAUUAGGGACCAGAUAGCUCAAAGUGUGGGACAGCAAGCCAAAGUAAAGGACCUGGUUUUCGCCUUGAUUCUGGCCAACAACCAGCUGGUGACACUGGUCAGGAUGAAGAAGUACUUCCUCCACCCGAUGGACCUCCAUCUGAUUAUUAACCUAGUCAACUCCUCCGAAUCGUUCAAAGCAGCAGAGUCCUGGAUACCCAUUUGUCUUCCCAAAUUUGACUCCAGUGGCUACCUUCAGGCCCACAUAUCGUACCUGGACGAGGGUUGUCAGACUUGUCUCCUCUUGCUCUCUGUAGACAGGGAAUCCUUCUUCACGCUCUCUGAAUGCAAGAACAAGAUACUGGAGAGACUGAACAAGUACAAUGGUCUCAGGGCUAUCAGUGACUCGAUCGCCAACUCCAGCUACGGCAUCCGUCAGUGUGGGAUAUCGGACCUACGUCACUUCCUGUACAAGUCACGGUCCACUGCUCAGUUCACGAGUCCCGAGAUCGAGGCCCCGUACCUCAAACCCGAGGAACAGGAGAGGCUGUUUGGUCUGUACUUGUAUCUCCAUCACAGAAUUCACAUGACGGACCGGCCCCUGAAGAUUCUGUAUCAUGUAGGGCAGCACGAGACUUUACUAGGAUGGUUAACUCAGGGUUUUGAGCUCUAUGCAGUAUUUGGACCUCUAGUUACCAAACCUGUUGCCAUAGCAGCCAUAAACAAACUUCUAAGGUGGAUCAAGAAAGAGGAAGAACAUUUAUUUAUAUUAAGCUCUGUGACAUUUUGAUUAGGACUAGACAUUAGAAUAUGAAAUAUUUUAGUAUUUGUCUAUACAUGCAGCUCUGAUUCGAAGUUAUGUGUGGAUAGGAAUGCACUGAAUUCAGAGGAACCAUUUCAUAUGUGUACAAGUACAGAUAUCAAAAGCAAUCAUUUCCAAUCUAUUAUAAGUAAUAGAUAUUAUAUUUAAAUCCAUUCUUUGCCAUAUAAACAACUUGCUUUGUGCAAAUAAAAAUGUAUCAUCAUAUGUGAUUACAUAUACAUUACAAGAAUUAUGUCAAACGAUAUGGAAAAUUAUUGCAAUGGGCACCAUGCAUGUGCAAAUGUUUAGCUGGUUUGUAUUUAUAUCAUGACAAGUGUGACAAGAUCAUAGGUCUAACAUUCCAUACUUGAAUUCCCUCAUUUGUCCUGUUCCUCUGUCUGUCCAUCUGUCUAUUCCACUCUUUCACAAGUUUCUUGUAGUUUCGGUUGAUAAGUUUUGCAGCUAAUGUAUGAAAAUGAGUAGAAUAUCCCAGUAUUGAAAAUCACACAGAAAAAUUGUAUGUUGGAACAUGACCUAAGCUGUAAAUAUAACCAUGGGGGUAGACUUAUUACUGCUAUCAAAUCAUUUCUUCAUUUAAUGUUUCUUGUGAAGAAAUAUUCUUGCUAUAGCUAUCUAUCAAAGAUAUUUUCCAAAAGAUAUCAUACAUUUAUUUACUACAUGGGUAUAUUUUAUACAUGUAGUUCUGUCAUUUGGGUGUCAAAAGGCUUCAACAUGCAAACGUGGGGUAUGAACAUUGUUCCAGUUGUAUCAAAUAGUAUAGCUACAUGUAGAUGUUGAGGUGUGUAGCCAUUUGGAUUCCUGUGAUUGUCUGCAAAACUGUAGCACUGUGAUAAAUGAUUUGUAUCAAAUUAAUCCAUGAUAUUUACUAGCCACAGAUCUAAAGCUUCAGUGCAGGGCAUUUUGAUGUGCUCUGUCUGAAAGCUUGAGAGCCAUGGCGACGGCAUGACCAAAAUGGGCAUCAUUUGAACAAUGUUGUAAUAAUAUUAUUUAAUUUCUAUAUGUACAAUUAAGUCAUGAUUUGAAAGUUCAAUGUUUAAUAUGUUUUCAAUAUUAUUAAUUUUUAUCUGUGUAUAGUGUAUUUGCCAGUUUAAUGGCAAGCGCUUGAAGCAGCCAUGCAUAAACAUUAGUACAUGUACUACAUAAGGAAUAAGGAAUCAUGAGGUGAUAAUUUUGGUCGGGGCGUGAUCAAAUCCAAUAAAGCCCAAAGGGCUUUAUGAUAGAUUUGAUCAUGCCCCGAACGAAAUUAUCACCUCAUAAUAUUCAAAGAAUGAUUCCUUAUUACUUAUAUUUAUAUAAUUUUAGGCCAUCAUACGAUUAAAUAUUUAAAUAUAAAUAAACAAACCCCGCUGGCGCCUCAAUUUGGUAUGUAAUUUACACGCGCACGAAAGUUUGUGUUAAUUGACACUUAAUGAGGCACUGACUGCUUCAUAUAAUGGUCUAUUGCUUUAUUACCAACAUCAUACAUUUAAAUGCAAGCACAAACAAUUAAAGCAAUGAGAAUCAUGUACAAAAAAUAUAUUUAGCAGCUGUUAUGUUUUAUAGGAAAUGAAAUGUUGAAUUAUGCAAUCAUAUGAUUACCAUCCUCAUUCAGAUAUAUAAGUUUAUUUUUAGUCUAAGUGUACAGAGUGUAUUGAUUUUUUUUUAAUAGAAAAUUACAGGAAUUGGAAAUGUGAGAAAUUCUAAGUGUCUGUCUUGUAAAACCACAUUUGUUUUAGUAGUAAAUUCCAUGGUAUAAUUUUUGUUGUAAUCAUGUUGAAUUUCAGUAUUACCAAUUUAAUUCAUGCAACUGAAACAAAUAUUAAUAAUUAAGUUUUAGUGGUAUAAUUUUGUUCAAAAUUUGUUGUAAAAUAAACAAAGAUGUCUGUUGACUACAAAUUGCAAAAAGCAUGGUCCCUAUUGGAUGCUUAGAUACCUGGGGGAUGGGCGGUUUAUUUUUUUAAAAACCUCAGAGAUGAUGGCCAUGCUGUUACAGAUAUAUCACACACGUAUGCAAUCAGCAAUACCUAGGUAAUCAAGUUAUAUGAAGACAGAGAAACCAGACAUGACAGGAUACUAAAUUCAGCAAUUAUGGAGUGUUGCCAUUAAAGCUCUCUUAUCAUCACAACACAUUGUCUUGGAAUUAAUUAUCUAUAGAAACAUUUCGUUUUCAUGUAUAUUUAUUGGAAUACACACAUGUAAUACUCUACAUUCCGCACACAACCUGGAUAUUUAUUCAUUAUAUUGAUUUGUAAGCUCCAGAAAUGUCUAUGUUGCAGUAAUUUAUCCAUGGGGAGAAAAACAGACAUAGACCCCUUAACUUGUAAAAAUGUUAUUUAUGUAAUUUUAAUUAAAAUUACAAUAUUUUUCUGCAAGAUGUUCAAUCUACCGUACAUAAAUAUGAAAAUAAACGAUCAUGUAGAUUUUAAUUGAAACUAAAAAUUGAAAGAUUAUCAUAUAAAAACUGUUUCACUCCCCUUUUGUUGUAUAGGAAUUUAGGGCAAUAACACGGUGAUAACUACAAUAAUAUUAUAAUAAUUAUUGUAUUUUAUUUAGGCGUAGACCUAUGAGGAGGUUGGUGUUAUGUAAUAUAAUUAUCUGUUGUUUUAUGUGAGGCUCGCUGCAUCUGAGAUAUAUAAAUGUAGAACUCUGAAUUGUAUUAAAAGAAUGUGUGAAAUAAAAACACUGA